AUGUGGGGCUUCGAGAUCCUGGUUCUGGUCUGGUUCCUGGUCCGGUUCACAGAUGCUGAGCUGGACUAUGUCUCUAAAGGACAGGGCAUGUAUCUGAGUGGAGACCAUAUCAUCGCAGGCAUGUUUCCUCUCUUUAAAUCCAGUGAUGACACUAAUGGUCAGCCUGCUCUGGAGCCUUGCAACAAAGGGGCUCCGAACAAACAUGGCUUCCACUUGAUGCAGGCCAUGCGCUUCGCUGUGGAGCAGAUCAACAACAGUUCCCUGCUCCCCGGUGUGACGCUCGGAUACCAGAUCUACGACAUCUGCUCUCUCCCCGCGAGUAUCCUGGCCACACUGGACCUGCUGCUGCCCCAACAGGAAGAGGGCGAGGCGGAGGUGAACCGGAGCGAGAGCAGGGAGUCUGUGGCUGUCAUAGGACCGGAUAGCAGCAGUAAGAGCUUCACUCCAGCAGCCUUUCUGGGGUCAAAUCUCAUGCCACAGAUCUCUUAUGAAGCUUCAAACGAAUUACUUAGCAACAAGAACCUGUACCCAUCCUUCUUCAGGACCAUUCCAAGCGACAAAAACCAAGUAGCGGCCAUGAUUCAGCUUUUGGUUCAUUUUAACUGGACUUGGAUUGCUCUUCUGGGCAGUGACAAUGACUACGGUCUCCAGGGAAUGCACAGUUUAGCAAAACAAGCUCCUUACUAUGGCAUCUGCAUCGCGUAUCAAGGGAUCAUUCCAACUGCUUCAGACAAGACAGCGCAACAAAUGAGAAACAUGGUUGACGGUAUACUCACGACUAAAGUUAACACAAUAGUGGCGUUUUCAAGCAAGAGUAAAUUAAGUGGGUUCAUGCCAUUCGUUAUAGAGAAAAACGUAACCAACAAAGUGUGGAUAGGAACUGAAGAUUGGUCAGUGGCUACACUAAUUUCGAGCAUACCGGGAGCUCACACAAUUGGGACAGUUAUAGGAAUAUCUGUGAAGAAUGCAGAUGUACAAGGGUUUGCAGAGUUUGAGAAAAGAGAUGUUGAGAAGUCCAUGCAAUACAAUGGAGGCAAAAAUGGUGAGAGUUUGGAAAACGUUUGUCUGCAAAGCACUGAUCUGUAUAGUAUGGCCAUAAAUGACUAUUCACUGGAGACAUACGACCGGACCUCCUCAUUUAAUGUGUACAAAGCGGUGUAUGCAGUGGCCCACGCGCUUCGUAGACUUUUAGAAUGUGAUUCAAGAAACUGCAGCAACAGGACCGUGCAGCCCUGGGAGCUUCUGACCUGGUUGAAGAGGGUGCGAUUCUCUGUGGACAACACUUCAGUUUACUUUGAUCAGAAUGGAGACCCGCCCACAGGAUAUGACAUAGUGACUUGGAUCUGGAGGGGCACUGCGUGGUCACUGAGGCUGGUGGGGUCCUUCAGUCCAGACCCGGUCUCACUGGUCAUAAAUGAAGAUCUCAUCGAGUGGCACAACACUGGAGCAGAGGACAUGAUGACACAGGUGCCGUUAUCGAUCUGCUCUCCCCCCUGUCCCACGGGAUACAAGAAGAUUCUGUCCGGACAACACAGCUGCUGUUUUGACUGCCAGGCCUGUCCCGCCGCCCACUUCUUCAAUAAAUCUGAUCCGACUGAAUGUCAGCCAUGUCCUGCUGCGAAAUGGGCCCCUGAGAAAAGCGAACAUUGCCUGGAUCGUACCGUCUUACUCCUGACUUGGGACAACCCUCUGACCAUCGCCCUUCUCUUCUUCAUGGCCUGCUGUCUCUUCAUGACUGUCAGCUCCGCCAUCAUCCUCCUCGUUUACAUCACCACGCCGGUUGCCAAAUCCGCCGGCGGUCGAACAUGCCUCGUGAUGCUCGCCGCGUUGACUUUAGCAGCUCUUAGUUCACUGUGCCACUUUGGACCCCCGUCUCAGAUAGCUUGUCUGCUAAAACACCCUUUAUUUAUAUUCAGCUUUACGGUUUGCUUAGCCGCCAUUACGGUCCGCGCUUUCCAAGUGGUUUGCAUUUUCAAAUUUGCCUCCAAGCUUCCUCCAAUUUAUGAUAGGUGGGCUAAAAACAAUGGGCCGGAGUGGACUAUUUUCAUUGUUUCUUUUGCAAUUCUUGUCAUUUCUGUUUUGCGUGUUGCCGUAGAUCCUCCAAAACCAUCCAAAGAUUUUGCAUUUUACUACCAUAGCAUAGUCCUGGAGUGUAGCAAUACUUUAUCAGUCGGGUCAGUAGUGGAGGUCGCAUAUGUCUCUAUACUUAGCAUGCUGUGUUUUUUCUUGAGCUAUCUCGGUAAAGACCUUCCAGCCAAUUACAACGAAGCUAAGUGCGUUACCUUCAGCUUAAUGGUGUAUAUGAUAUCCUGGAUUAGCUUCUUUACUUUGUAUUUGAUUAGCAGAGGCCCGUUCACAGUGGCUGCUCACGUCUUUGCGAUUCUCUUUAGCGUCCUGGCAUUUUAUGGUGGUUAUUUUCUCCCUAAAAUAUACAUUAUUAUGUUUAAACCAGAGCUGAACACCACCGCACACUUUCAGAAUUGUAUCCAAAUGUACACCAUGAGCAAACAAUGAAAAUAGAUCAUCUUAGUCCCAGUUUUGAGUCCUGUGCCCCCUGUCCCAGCAGAUUUAUCCAAAACCAGUGAUUUGUCCCAGUUUUAAACAAGAA